UGCUCUCGAACCCGGUCUACGAGUAUUUUCUCAACAUUGUACAUACUGCCGCAUUCAUGACAACUCGGAACUUUCCGACAUGGAAUCUCGUUGUAUAAAGUUAAUGUCCGAGUUUCUCCACUUGGAACUUAUCAGAAUCAACCAAAAGGAAGCUCUACAAAAAACGUACCGAAAUGUUAACUCGGGGAAUCCGAGUUUCCGAUUUGUCUGGAACGCGGCAUAGUAGCUUCUCCACGUCUCACACUGCUGGCCUUGCUGCCACACACUGCCGCCGGUGACUCCGAAGUGGAAGAUGGCUGCGGUGGAGCGUCCCCCAGUCAAGGAAGGGGUCCGGAUAGCUUUACUCUGUUUCUGUUGGUAUACUGUUAGUUCGGGAGGCAACGUAGUUAACAAAAUUAUUCUAAAUGGGUUCCCUUAUCCUGUCACAGUUUCGCUUUUUCAUAUAUUCUCAAUCGUCGUCUUCCUUCCACCGUUGCUGCGAGCAUGGGGAGUCCCCAAAACAGAAAUACCAACUAGAUACUUCAAAUGGUAUAUUAUCCCUUUAGCUUUUGGAAAAUACUUCGCAUCUGUGUCGGCCCACUUCAGUAUAUGGAAGGUACCGGUUUCCUACGCACACACUGUCAAAGCCACAAUGCCAAUAUGGGUUGUGUUGUUAUCAAGGAUUAUCAUGAAGGAGAAGCAAACAACAAAAGUGUACGUAUCUCUCAUCCCCAUCAUCGGAGGAGUGCUUCUGGCCACGAUGACAGAAAUGUCCUUUGAUGUAUCUGGGUUAGUCAGUGCCCUGGCUGCCACACUCUGCUUCUCUCUGCAAAACAUCUUCUCCAAAAAGGUGCUGCGGGACACGAGGAUCCACCACCUGAGACUUCUCAACAUACUGGGCUUCAAUGCUGUUUUCUUCAUGGUGCCUACGUGGGUUCUGGUGGACCUCUCCUCAUUCUUGGUUGAGGGGGAUUUUACGGGCAUGUCUGAAUGGACAGGCACUUUUCUCCUCCUCCUGGUCAGCGGCUUCUGUAACUUUGCCCAGAAUGUCAUCGCCUUCAGUGUCCUCAACCUGAUCAGCCCGCUGAGCUACGCCGUGGCCAACGCCACCAAGAGGAUCAUGGUCAUCAGCAUAUCGCUCCUAAUGCUACGCAACCCCGUCAGCUCCACCAACAUCAUGGGCAUGAUGACGGCAAUAGUGGGCGUCUUCCUGUACAACAAGGCGAAAUAUGACGCAAACAAGGAAGCUAAGAAAAAGCUGCUGCCUUCCUCCAAGCAGGACAUGAUGUCCUUUGACAAUUUGGGACUGGACAAGACGCAGCCCAAUGGUUCAGUGCCUUUCUCCCAAGGCUCAGACAUUCAGUAUGGUCGAAGCAACGUGUUGACCGACCACUUCCAGUACAGCCGGCAGGCCUACACAAUGAACUAUGGUGCCUCCAACCACCAGUAUGUGGUUUAGGCUGGUGGAUUUCUCCAUGGACAUAUUGUAUUUGUUUCCAGCAGAAUUCUUAAACCACCUCUAACAAAAAGAAAGGCAAGUGCUGUCGUAUUGGCGGAGAGGGAAGUAUCAGUCAUGAGUUGGCCAGCGUUUUGGCCAGCGUUUUGGCUAGCGUUUUGGCCAGCGUUUUGGCCAGCGUUUUGGCCAGCGUUUUGGCCAGCGUUUUGGCUAGCGUUUUGGCCAGCGUUUUGGCUAGCGUUUUGUCCCAAACAUGUUCUUUAACAUAUUCUCUUCACCUCCUUGUGUUGUAUUUAUUUUGAUAUGAACACUUAAAAAGGGAUAGUUAAGUCAAAAUCAAAGUUUGUCAGAUGUUUUCAGACCCCAAAUGUUGUCCACUUCCAACCUUGUCCUUCGUCAACUGUUGCAGAUAGUGUCAAUCUUUCCAGUUAAUUUUGGAUUGAUGCAUACCACUGGAUCUACAAAACAGAUGGCUUGGAACAUGGACUCGUUUGACAAAUUUAGAUUUUGUAGUGAACUAUCUGUUUGUUUUUUGUUUGCUUGCUAAGGAAGAGAUGUUCUUAUUCUUUUUUUCUGUGGGAGUUCGCUAACAUGGGAAUAAUUGUUACUGUAGCUACAAUAGCGUAGUUCAAAAAUAAAUAGUUCACAACUUUGAUAUACAGUUAAAGACCAUGAAAUGUUUACCAUGCCCAUAAUGCCUUGUGAAUCAGGCUUGUCCUCAAGGUUACAUUGACCCCAAUUUUAUCACAGAAGGCAUGAACAUUUUACAUAAAUGUUUUGCAGAGAUUGGCAACAUUUGUCCUAUACAUGUAAAACCGUUUGCCCUUAUGACAUUUUCUGGUUUGUCUUUUACUAGUGAUGGAGGAAUGAAAAUGUAUAUAAUCGGUUGUAGGUACAGAAAGGUUCCUGGUUUGAAUACCCAAUCCGAAAAGGGGAAAAAUAUGUCUGUGUCCUUGAACAAGGCCCUUGUCAGCCAUAGUAGUACCUCUGGAGGUUAAUGUGAAACAACACAUUUUACUGCUCUAUCCAGUGUAUGUGACAAAAACAUAUAUUUUUUCAUUCAUUUUGUUCCAUAUUUACAUAUCGGCCACUUAAUCAAUUUGUAUCUGAUCUAGUAAUAGCUGUGUAAUAUGUCGGUAGAAGGGUCAGGAUUGGCAGACUUACUGGAUCAGGCUUAAGUGUCAGACUCCUCUUCUUUUGCCUGUUUGUCAUUUUGUUCUUAAUAUUCACACUUACAAUCAUGUUCUGAUUAAGGAGUAGUAUUUCCCCCUGCAUGCAAGUAAUUUAGCCUACAGGGAACAAUAGCUGUUUUUCAAAGCUGGUGUGACGCACCUGAACUGGUUAUUUACUUUGCAAAUCAAUGAAAGAUGUGACGGAGACUAACUAACUUGUGUGACACUCUAGCAAAAUGUUAUCCUUGUUGACUAUAAAAGGAAUAUUCUUCUAGUCCAACUUUUUUAUUUGAGUUUGCGUGUUUCAAUUUGCUACAGCACAUUCAAGCAUUUUAAGUGGAGAAUUUCUUUGCCGUUUCUUAACGGCAGGAAAGUUGGAUCUAAUCUGAUUUUAUUGCAUGUUCAGCAACUGGCCGGCAACAAACUACAUGCUGAGAUUUUGAAAAAGCAAUUUCGCUGUUUACCAUAAAUUCAAAUAAUGUAUUUGAAUAUUCCCCUAUGGUAUAUGAUGUAUAGUUAUGGAAGACUGCACAGAGGAUCCAUGUGUAUUUACACAUUUAAGGAACUCUUGUGUGUGAGCUUGUGUGGAAUUCUCAGGUAGUUCCAAGCUUAUCAUAGUCCAUUUAGUGAAACUUCCAUAUCAUUUAGUUCGGCAGGUUUGGUCUGUUUACGUAAUGAAAUUCAUACUGGCGUGGUGAUUAGGCUAUGGGGAUUUGAAUACAUUUGACGGUCACUUAUGCCUGUUCUCUGCAUGUCCUCAUGAGUUUUGACUUGACUUUGUCCUAUCAUUGUCUUUUGAAUCUUCUUUACAGAGAAAACAAUUUGUAGAAAUCUGUAAUUGGAUAACAAAUGUUUUAUUUGUGGAAGGAAUAUCAAAUGUUGGAGCCACAAUUUGGAUUCUACUAAAUCAUUUUUCUGUCACCUUUAACAUAAGAUGUUAUGAAGAGCUGUGGUAAAUCAGCUUGGAUCCCACCUUAUUAUUUUGUUACUUAUUUUGUAUUAUUGUAUGUCAUUCUGUUCAAAUGUCUCACGGUCUCUUCUUAAAUCUAUGGUCGAGUUUGUCACAUCCUUACGCAAGGUGCCAAAUGGAAGGCGCUACCUGGCUCAAAGUGCAUCACAAGGAUUCUUUUUUUUACUCUAAUUUUUUGACCCAGUAGCAUGGAGUGAUGAAUUCUGAUGUGCAUUAUGUAUAUGUUUAAUUUAACGUAAAGCCUAAUUUGUCUAUACAGUAAGCUAAUGGAUAACACUUAGAACAUGAGAAUUUAGAGAAACUUUGUUAGUUCUGGGACGGUAUUUGCUAUGAGGUUAUUUACUGGAAUGUACAUUUGGAAUGUGGGGUUUGCUUUGUAAAAGUUGUAUAAAUGCAAUUUUUUGUGUUUUAAAUAAUCUUGAACUGAAUUUUUACUGAACCAAUGUUUAUAGAUUUUUAUUUAUGGUGUCUAGGUACAGAAAAGUAUACAUAAGUGCAACCAUGCACAGUGUUGUCUGCUUACGUUUAGUAAAUACUAUUUUUAAAUGUCUAAAAAAAUAAAUGCAUUGUGAAAUGAAUGUAUGAUUUAAUUUUCUUGAUAAAGGUGUGCUGUACAUUGAA